GCUGCCGGUACACUGAACGUGAACUGCCAAGAAGAAGAGAAGAAAAAGCAGAAGUGGCGAGAACGUCGAAACAAGCACAGAUUGGCUUUUUAUGACACAGAGUUGCAGCCGAAAAAAAUAAAUCAUCGUGUCCAAGAGCUGUGAAAGGCGAUCGACUCUCGGUGACCGACAAUGGCUGUGAACGUGUACUCCACCUCAGUGACCAGCGACAACCUAAGUCGUCAUGACAUGCUGGUCUGGAUCAAUGAAUCUCUACAGAUGAACCUCACCAAGAUUGAAAUGUUGUGUUCAGGUGCGGCCUACUGCCAAUUCAUGGACAUGCUGUUCCCCAACUCUGUGCCUCUGAAGAAAGUCAAAUUUGGUGCCAAGCUGGAGCAUGAAUACAUCCACAACUUCAAGCUUCUGCAGGUUUCUUUCAAAAAGAUGGGAGUUGACAAAAUCAUUCCAGUGGACAAACUGGUGAAGGGGAAGUUCCAGGACAACUUUGAGUUUGUUCAGUGGUUUAAGAAGUUCUUUGAUGCUAACUAUGACGGAAAGGAGUACGAUCCAGUGGAGGCGAGGCAGGGCCAGGACGCCAUGCCCACACCUAACGCUGCAACGUCAGCUCUCAACAAACCCCCUAAAAAGGCCAUCAGUCAAGCUCCUCAGAGGCCACCUGUUGCCAAGGUAGCGCCAAAGUUGGCUCCCGUCAGCGCAAGGAAGCCGGGGAUGGGAGGAGGCGAUGAGGAGAGGGCGGAGCUCCUGAAUGAGCUGGAGAUCCUGAAGUCUACCAUUCAGGACAUGGAGAAGGAGAGAGACUUUUAUUUUGGUAAGCUGCGGAACAUUGAGCUGAUUUGUCAGGAGAAGGAAGGAGAGGGCGACCCCACACUGCAGAGGAUCGUAGACAUCCUCUAUGCCACAGACGUGAGUGUCUCAUCUGUUGAGGGUUUUGUGAUACCGGAUGCUGAGGAGCAGGAGGAGUUUUAAUAUUCAAGACUGCAAGCAACUUUUCACUUAGAUGCCCUGGUCUACAAACGAGAUCCUUCCCCAAGCCAAGGCAGCCAGUUUGGUUUUAUAUCCAACACCAAACCUGAUCUCGACUUGUGCCCCCUACGCCCCCCCCGCCCCCCCACCCCCCUCACCACCACCUUUCCUGAACCCGAAUCCCGACCUGCUGGACUUCUUCCUCUAGCCUUCAGCCGCCGUAACCGUACAGAUCCACUCCUCCUCUUCCCGAAACAUCCUCUACGAAUAAUCGACAAAGCCUCGGUCACUGCCUCUUCUCUUUACACACCCGUCAGUCUGCGAGAACCCCAGUUCCCACCCUCACCUGUAAUCCCAAGCCUUCCCAAAACCAGAUCGUGCAGUGUAAAUCUGGUUUUUGUAAUGGACUUCAGUGUGAAAAACACGGUGAUGUUCUGUAUGUGUAUAUGUGUGUGUGUAUGUGUGUGUGUGUGUGUGUGUGUGUGUGUGGUUGUAUGUGUUUAAAAAAAGAAAAGAAAAAAAAAAUCAAUUUGAAACAAAUCAAAACGUGACGAACCUCCUCUGAAGACCCGGCUGUCAGUUCACCAAUAACUUUGUCCCAAACUAACCCUGACGGUUUGUUUUUUUGCUUGGUGCCUCUGCUGUUGACACCGAUUUUUGAUCUGCUGGAAAGAAAAGCAGGAAAAAACCCACACAUUCCCGACUAGAAGACUUAGUUUUGCAGCAUUUUGAACCAAAUCUGAGGUGUAGUUUAUAUUGUUUUUUGCUGACUGGUCCCAAUUUGAAAUGGUAAAAAUUGAAUUUGACCCAGGCAGCAGGCUUUCAGAAACACAGCUAACUUCAGAUGUAGAGGAUUAGUUUGUUAGCUAUAUGAAAUGAGGAGUUAGCGCCCGGUAGACCACACGCGCUGACGCUGAAGGGCUCAGGCUUUAGUCUGGGACAAGGCAGCAGCCGGGUCUUCUCUUGGCCUUUUUUUUUUUUUUUUUUUUUUUUUUUCUUUCACACACAAAUUGUCGCCACCAAGGACACCAUUUUGAUUUUGUCCUGUUCAGCUUUUUGUAAAUUGAUGCUACUGUUUUAUCACAUUUUUCUUCCCACUCCAUUUUUUUUCUUCUUCGUUUGUCUGGUUUACCCUGUCACCUUUUUUUUUUAAUAUAUAUAUAUUUGUUUUCUCACGCUCACUAAAUGAUCACUCUGUUGGAAAGUUUUACUUGUGUGCAGAAACUUGUUUUUCCGGCCACCUCAACAGAGGAAAAAAAAAAGGGGUUUCGUUUAAUGAAAACGUGGCUGCUGUUUUCCUGUAGCAGAUCAGCUGUCUUUUUGCCACCCACUCGCUCCCACUCACCCUUGGUGUUCACAUUUCGCGCUUCGUAAACGUGCAAUUAUUUAAUACCAGGAAAGUGGCUUACUCCUCUGCUCGAUGUGAGAUGAUGAUGUUUAAAGCUUUUGCAGACGGCCGUCUUUUGAUCAACAUGCCAGUGUUUAGUAAAAAAAAAAAAAAAAAAAGACUGCACGAUCAACAGUGAUUGUUUUGUACGUUUUUCUUUUUGUUGUUGUUGUUUGUUUUGUUUUUUUUUGUUACUUUUCUUUUUGAAAGUCUGUUUUAGGGCAGAUGCACUGUUUUAUACCAGUGGCCUUUAAUCAGCCCCCAGCCAACAUUACAAACACUGUGAGCUCUGACUGUGGCUGAUCGGUGUGCUCACCACAUGUAGCCCGCCACAGUCGAGACCAUCAUCUGGAAUCUGCCCGGCUGAGCUGUAUGUGCUUCUCCCGGCCGUGUCAUCAGGCAGAUCGAUGAAACUUUGAUGUGGGAUCAAUAUGAAACUAAAAACUAACACUUGCAACACUAGUAACUAGCAACUAGCAACAGUGACAAGUGUUUUUACCCUUGUUUUUGUAUUUCCACGCCCUGAUUGACCAAUUUUAAUACUAAUAUUGUUAUUGAUCUAAUUUGAGACCAGUUUCUCCCACUGUACUAUGUAAGAUGUGUAGUGUUGAUUUCACACAAACCCUGUUAACAGUAUCUUGUUCGAAUACAUAACUUUAUCAAUGGCCUUAUUCAUAAAUAUACUUUUUUUUUUUUUUUUUUUCAUAAGCAGAUAUUUUUUAUUUUACGUUAAUGUAAGUCUCUGCUGUUUUGGGUAAAUGUUUGUACUGUUACAGUCAUAUUUUUAAUGUGUCCUGGAAAUAAACAAUGUUGGAGGUGUUUUGGACAAAAUCUCAGAUGUGUCAGGGUGCAGCAGACCAGCCUGUCUUCCAUCAGAUGCUCAUAAAGCAAACAAACAUAACAAAUAUGUUCACGAUGUGUGAUGCUAGUGGAAUUUAAUUUGAAGGAUUUCUGGUGAGUUAUUUGUUUUUGUUUCUUGCCACCUGUUUGUUUCCACAGUGAUAUAAAUGUAGACUUUCAUCACAGCUGCAGACGUACAAAAUGAUUUUCUGUAGAAUUAAAUUAAAGAUCAAUUGGCUUUGGGUGCUGAGUUGAGCAUGUGCAUCUUUGGAUAAACGGAUCAGUUUAGUAUUGAAAUGUUGUAGCUGCAUGAUGUGACGGAGCCUUUAACAAACACUUCCAUCAGGAAGAUUGAAUGUUGCACAGAAUCAGGGUGCUUGGGCUGAUUCUUUUUUUUUUCUUUCUUUUUUUAAAUAUAUAUUUUCUGUUAGUUUCCUUGAUACUCAAACACAUCUCCACUUUUACGACUAACUUCCAAAUCAUUUCUCAGAAUGUCUUUUUUGACACUCCAAAGAGUGAAUUGAAGUUUGUUUUUUCUAAGCACAGUCAAACUUGUAGUGAUGUGCAACUGCAGUAGCUUAUGUUUUUUUUGUUCUUUAAUCUGCGUACUGCAGCACACCGGCUGGUGAGUGUGAGGUUAAAGUGCUGACUGACUUUCAGCUUUAAUUUGACAGUUUCCACGUCUGUAUUUGUUGAACAGCGAAGGACGUGUCUACUCACAGUCCCCCAAUUUUAUGGAGAAUACAGCUGGAAAAUAAUUAUGUAGACAAGUCCACCAAGCAGAUUAUCAGAGUCUGUCACUUCUUCAGUUCAUGUGAUCAUGUUUCACUGCUGAAGACAGGAAGCUGGCUCCCUGCUGUUUAGCCGAUCAGAAGAGAGGAGGCUCUGAGGCUCUCUUUUGAUUGGCUGACAGAUUUCUGAGUGAUCCAAUAAAAAUAAAGCAGAUUUCAGGUAAACACUCAGAGAAACCAAAUCCUGCGAGGUUGGAUGGUAGGUCCAGGUGGGCGGGGCAUGGCAGAGAGCGGUGACUGCUUUGUUGUGACAUCAUGAUGGCUCAUUUUAAGGCUCAGUUUCUGAAUACAGGCUCUGUGCAUUUCUCUGUGGACUGAGAGCAUUGAUACUUUCACAGUAUUAAUAUAGAACCUAGACGUGCUUUAUAAUCAAAGAACACAUGGACAUCUACCUUUAUAUAAUAUGGGACCUAGAGCGUGUGUCAGUCUUACAUUGAGAGGAUAUCAUGAUUUUAUUUCGAUGAAUUUUUCCAACACAUUCUUGGAGCUGUGCAUGAAACAGAUUUGUAAUUCUCCUGCUGCUCCUCUGAUAUCAAUCUAAACUCUGCAUCAAAUUGAAGCUGAAAGUCAGAAUAUAAGUCAUUCUUCACUUUCAGAUCUAAUGUGCUGAAGUACAGAGACAACACAACAGCAAACGGUCACCGGAGAUGAUGUGCAGAGUUUCCCCUAAAAAAUCUCCUCACUGUCAGGAUUAAGUUUGUGCAAAGAAAAUGUUUUGUAACUAAAACCCACUAUUGUGCAGACUGUGCCAGGGAAAACACCUUAAGCUAAGAUCUUUGAGUUUAUUUUCUAAAUGAAUCGAUUGUUUCAUCUAUAAACUGUUACAAAUGCCCAGAUCAGAAAGUCAUUCAGAGUGAGUGAUUAGUUGCUGCAACCAGCAAAUGCUCGGCAGGUUUGCUCGGACAAUGAGUCAAACCAUUAAUCAAUUAUCAAAAUAGCUGCUGAUUAAACUUUUAUCAAUCAAUUAACUGACUGUUUCAGCUGUGCCAGCGUAAUAUGUACACUGAAAGCUGAAGCACAACCAAGCCAUUGAAAAUCUGACUUAUAUAUGUUAAACUCAACCCAUCUGGUUCUCUGAGGUGGAUGCAGCAGCAGCUCAGGACAGAUUUGACCUGUUAAAGUUUUGUGUCAAAACUCCACAUUCAAUAGUUAUUGAAGUUAUUUUUCCUGAUAGUGAGACAGUUGUGGGGGAAACCAGUUCAUGUUUCUUUGGUGGGUUAAUGCCGAGACAAAUCGUAGCAGACUGAGGACAGACGCACACUGCAGGACACAGUGUAGAUGAGCGGUUUCUGUUAUGCAAUGUCAGAGGGGAGUGGAUGUCCCCCCCUUUACACAGUGGCCUCUUUACAGUGCCAAUGUAACCUCCUCCCUCCACCGACUCCCUGACAGCCUGUGUCUAAUGAGCCAUGAUACUCACUCUCAUGGCUCCAGCUUCUUCUCCAGUCUGAUUUGUAACAUAAUGAGAUUUUUGUUUUUGAGGUUUUGACAAUGGCCUGUUUUUCCAGAGAAGUAGUAGAAAGUAUUUCACAUAGUGUGUUGACUCCUGUCUGGUUUAAUGAUAGUAGUAAAGUGUGUUAUUGUAAGUGUUAACUGAGAAGGACUUUGUGUGUGUUGUUUGGUAUUAAAUUGGUACAAGUUUCUUUUUCACUCACACACUCACUCACGGAGUUCGUGGUUGCUAUGGGAACACACGGUCGUCAUGAUGAGGCCUACUGACUGAUUUAAAUCACAAUUUAAAUGUCUCUGUUUGAUGACAGCUCGGCUGAAGACCUGGAACGUCAAGCAGGUGUGUGUGUGUGUGUGAGAUAAUGGCUUUAAAAGGCGACGGUGUCUGACCUCUGACCUUUCCCCUCAACAGUCAGUGCAGAUGUGUGUGUACACUGUUGGUCUCUCCUCUCUGUCUAGGCCUCCCUCUCUUCUCUCUGCUGGACUUUGAUGUGUUUGUUAUAUUCUGCUAAACUCGAUUUUCUUGAAUCAAGUUUCAUACGGACAAUAAAACAAUAUUUCCACACUG